AUGCGGCACAUAGCUCCUCGAGUCGCCUGGGCGGCUAUUUGCCUCGCUGCACUUGCGACCGCGAUCCCUCAUGGGGACGAUGAAUCAACGGAUAUGGGAAUGGACAUGGGUGCCAGCACGGCCGUGCCACAGUCUUCUCCGACGGCACAUGUCACCUCCAGUGGUCCGAUGAGCUAUUUUGCGUAUGGAAAGCACUCCAGCUCGAUUAUUGCGCAUAUUGCUUUGAUGGUUGUGGCCUGGUGCUUUGUUCUUCCAGUUGCGGUGAUGCUCAGUAUUGCGCGCUCUCGCAUAGCGCUUCCGUCUCAGCUCCUCUUCCUGGUGUUCAACGCGUUCGGUCUCUUGUUCGGCAUCAUCUAUAACGACCAGACACCCGACCUUUACGAAAAUAACGCUCAUCACAAGAUUGGGUGGGUUAUUACAUCAGUGAUCACAGUGCAGGUCAUCCUGGCGUUGAUCUUCACUUGUGCUGGUCGGGGGCAGUCCACUGUUGCCAAGUAUGAGCAUGCUAAUUUCCUGCCGGUUUCGACUGACGAACACGAACACGAACACGAACACGUUUACCCCAACGGUGCUGUGCACGAAUACCGCUGGUCUCGUGACAGUGGCCAGGGAACGGACAGCAAUUCACCUUCCAUUCGGGGUCCCGGGUCGCCGUCUUGUGAAUGGUCUGGGUAUGAUGAUGGGUUCGAGAAGCCCGAAGAGCUGCCUCCAAAGCCCUCGAAAUCAGGUCACUGGUUCCAAAAGACCAAUGUUGGCCGUUUCCUCACUGAACAUGUGCCUGAUAUGAUGUCCAGCCGCGCUCUCCGUGGCUUGAACGUCGUGUACAAUAUUAUUGAUCGUAUCAUUCUUCCCUUUGGCUUUGCCACUCUGGCAACUGGCGCAAUUGCUUACAGUGGUAUCAUGAGAGGCCAUGAGAUCUUCAACGGACUUGCUCACUGGAUCAAGGGUGGCAUUUUCUUUUGGUACGGCCUUCUCACUCUUGGACGUUAUGUCGGCUGCUGGGCGGAUCUGGGCUGGGCCUGGAACGAGAAGCCCUCGGCGUCUGUUAUCGGUGCCUGGAAGGCUAGAAUCCCCACUGGCGAGGCAACGGAGUCUUUUGUCAUUUUCCUCUAUGGAGUGACCAAUGUCUUCUUGGAACAUAUGUCCAAUGCUGGUGGUGAAUGGUCUCCUACUGAUCUCGAACACGUUUCGAUUUCCGUGCUUUUCUUCGGUGGUGGUCUGCUUGGUAUGCUCUUCGAGUCAAACACCAUCCGCGACUGGCUCAACGCUACCAUUCUUCAAAUCCCCCGCGGUUCAUCGGAUGAAGCCUGGCAAGCACCGAAGACUCAGCGUGUCUCCCUGAACCCAAUGCCAGCCCUUGUCAUUAUGCUGCUCGGUAUGAUGAUGGGCUCACAUCAUCAAACCAGCAUGACCUCGACAAUGGUGCACAAGCAAUGGGGCAACUUGUUAGUCGGUUUCGCGAUAGCCCGUGGCAUGACAUACGUCCUCAUGUUCCUCAAGCCACCAACUUCAUACCUCCCCGCUCGACCCCCAACAGAAAUCAUCGCAUCUUUCUGUCUGAUCUCGGGGGGUCUCAUUUUCAUGAUGAGCACUCGCAAUGUCAUUGAAGCAAUGGAGUACUACUCGAUAGACGCAAUGUUCACCUUCACCGUCGGCCUGGGCUUCAGCGCCUUCAUCAUGGCCUACGGUGUUCUCUGCAUUGCUCUCAAAGCCUGGGCCAUGACGCGUACCCAGCGCUCACAGCCCACUUUCCGCUUCCCGUGA